AUGGGAUUCCUCGAGCCGUUUCCCGUCCCCAGGUGGGGACACUUCCCGAGUCUGCCCUCGAUCAGCGUGAACGGGUUAGAGGGGGAGGAGGAGCAGGAGGAGGAUGAGGGCAGCGUCGUCGCACCGAGCGAGAGCAUCACGCUGCCGAGCGAGUGCGGCGACCGCGGCCUCGCGCCGCCGCCGCCGCCAGGGGGCGCUGCGCUGUCGUCGCAGGGCCGCAGCAGCAUGUCGCUGUCGCCGCUCCCCGAGCUCUCGCCCGGCUCGCUCUCGCCGCUGCUGAGGGUCAGAGGUCAUGGCAAGCGCGCGCUCUCCGUGUCGCCGCUCUCGUCCGAGGGACUCGACCUCACGCAGCUCAUACGCACGUCCCCAAACUCCCUUGCCGCUCUCGUCCACGCGUCCGCGGCGGCGGGCUCGUACGGACACCUGUGCAAGGGUACGUGGAGCCCCGCCGCUCGCAGCCCCACCGCCAAGUCGCCGGCGUUCCCGCUGACGCCACCCCGCGCCUCGCCCGUCGCCAUGGAGACGAGUGCCGACGACAAGGAGAACACGGUGCCGGUCGCCGCGGCGAUGGAGUCACGCCAGGGUCCCGUCGACGAUGACGACGACGACGACGAUGAUCCGUUGCUAAGCAACCAGCUCAUCGUCGAGCAGGCGAGCAACAUGGAGCUUCUGCGCGAGCACACGAUGUUCCACCACCAGGUGGAGUCGGCGCUGCGCAGCGACGAUGGCGGCGGCGGCGGCGGCACGGCGGACGACGAGGAUUUCUCCGACCUCUCGCGCAUCGAGCCGAGCAUCUUCCGACGGGAGGCUGUGAGCCGGGACAUCGCGAGGAAACUAAACGUCCUCGCACCGCCGCAGCACGCCGCCGCCGCCGCCGCGACGCAGAAACAACAUCUCUACAGCCAGAGCCUCCCCGGGCAGCGCGACGACGCGACGACCUUCCCGUCAUUCGACGCUGCCGACGCCGCUUUUCCGCUGCCGAGCUUCAAGACGGAGCCGGUCGACCACCAGGAGGCGCCGGCGGGCGAGGCGCCGCCGCCGUCCUACAGCGAGCACGUUACGCAGUGGCGCGUGGGCGGCGGCGACACCUACCGCGGCGCGUUCGUGUGCGUGUCGCAGCGCGACGCGUGCGCGGGAGGUUUCCCCGCCGACUACGCCGCGUCCGUCGUCAAGCGCGAGGAUUUCUCGAGCUUCGACGGCUACGGUGGCGCCCCCGUGGUAACGAAGACGGAGGAGCAGGAGUGCGGCGGGGAGAGCAGCCCGCUGUUGUGCAAGUGGAUCGACUGUAGCGCCAUCUACGCUGAGCAGGAGGACCUAGUGCGACACAUCGAGAAGGCUCACAUAGACCAGAGGAAGGGUGAGGACUUCACGUGUUUCUGGCAGAGCUGCUCACGCCGAUACAAGGCCUUCAAUGCCAGAUAUAAGCUGCUCAUCCACAUGAGGGUGCAUUCGGGCGAGAAACCAAACAAAUGCACGUUUGAAGGCUGCAGCAAAGCAUUUUCUCGGCUGGAAAACCUGAAAAUCCACCUACGGUCUCACACUGGAGAGAAGCCAUAUAUCUGCCAGCAUCCGGGGUGCCCAAAAGCCUUCUCCAACUCUUCAGACAGGGCAAAACAUCAGCGAACACACUUAGAUACGAAACCAUAUGCCUGUCAAGUACCGGGGUGUGCCAAGCGCUACACAGAUCCUAGCUCCUUGCGGAAACAUGUGAAGAACCACACCUCUAAGGAGCAGCAAGCUCGAAAAAAGAUGAGAAGCGACUUGGAUCCUCUGGAUUUGAAUCUGCUGAAUGAGUGCUUGUCCAUCCAGCACCUGCAGUCCUCACAGACGGCGUCGUGUGAGAGCUCUCCCCCUCAGAGCGAUAGCGGCAUCGGACCCGACAUCUACCAAGGUCAGUUCUCGAGCGCGCACUCUAGUCAGAACAACACGUCGGCGAUUCCGUCGCCGGUGAGCAUGCAGGGAAGCCCUCCGAUCGAUGAGAGAUACGGCUCGCCGCACCUCAGCUACCGACGCAUGGCGCAUCGCUACAUGGGCUACCAGUCGGUGUCCACGCCCGCAGCCUGCAGUCUCCCCACACUACAGGCCAGCCGCAGCGUGAUGUUCCGGAGAUACGGGCGAGCGUCGUCGUUGCCGGAGACCUUCCAGCCGUCGUCGGACAGCUGCGGGGACGCUCCCGCUGCCGCCGCCGUGCCGCAGACCCUCACGCUGCCCCCGCUGCAGGAAUCACUCGCCUCCCUGCCGUUCGACACUGCAGGGUUUAACAGAAACAACAGCAACAACGCGGACGUUGACGUGUACUACUUGCGCAACGCCGUCGACCUGGGGCGGCACGUUCUGGAGAAGAAUGCCUUUGAGCGCUGCCGCGGGCAUUUGUCGAUGCUGUACGCUGCCGACAGCACCACGUAAACAGACGCCUGCUGCGGAAACGAGAGAGAGAGAGAGAGAGGAGACGGCGACGGCGACGGGAUUGGACAGCCCCUCCGCGUUUGCCUCUGUUGCGUAAGCCGGGUACGAUUGUGAAUUUGAGGAGCAGGCAUUCACGGAGGUACUGGGCCACCAGCACGCUACAGGGGAACAUAUUUCUUUACGUGCGGAGAAGCGUCUAGGAGAAUUACUUCCUGGUGAUAUCGCAAGUGUUCGAGCAAGGUACUGUCACUUGUUUGACGACGGUGCGGAACACUGUUCCGUGUUGGAGAGAGAGUUCUGUGUUCAAUUAGAGGCGAAUGAAAAAGGACCAUAUUUCCUACAGUUGUCCGUUGGGGAGACGUGACUGGGAAAAACCCGUCACGUAUCAUGUUUUAUGCAUUUAAGAGGCAGUUAUAUGCAAAGCAUGGUAAAUUUUUUAGUGGGAAGACAUAUCGCUGUGUAUGCGUGACGUCAGCGCUAUCUGCUGGGCAGUGGCAGUACUAAUAUUGUUAUAGGCAUUCUCUGAGUUGAUGCCUUAUACAAUAGUUGUUGUUAUGGGUGAUAUGCCUUAUAUUAUACACCAAUUGUUAACGCAAGAUCCUUUAAUACAAUUCAUACAUAAUUAUACACAAUUGUAGUGCAAUUUUAGCUCAACUGUUCAUGUUGAUGUUCAUUUUAAAAUGAGAAGCCAAAAUUGAGAAGUGCAAUCAAAAUAACGCAGUCUUGCAAUUUGAUAUUCCAUCAGGAAAUUUUACCAUGUGGUCGUGUGCGUAGAUAGAAUGGGUUUUUAAUGAAAGCAUGUUGCCAGGUUGCAAAAAGAGCCACCCUGUUGGAAAACUUGAUAUCACAUUGUGUAGCAAGCUAUUUUGCAUUUUGGUGUUUGUGACUUCUAUCAUGAACAUAUCUGUUCUGUAGUACGAGUAGAUAUAUUUGUGCUACUAUA